UACCUACAACAACAAAUAUAAGAACGAUGUUAUUUCACAAGAAGUGUAUUUAGCACGUACCAAUGUUACGUGCGGACUAAGAUCACCUUUUGAUAUUAUCAGUUUCAUCAAAAAUCACGUAUCAAUCGGCCGUUUUAGUAUAUUGUGUUAAUGUGCUAGAAUAAUAAUUGGGUAAGUUCAGCUGUAGCAGAAAUUUCUUAAGGUAUUCAUAAUGGUCACCCAAACCACGACGAUUCAGAAGAGAAAAAUGGAGGAAGACUUUUAUGAUCGACUCUUAACACAAGAGCCCCAAUUUUUUGCACCAAUCCGUCGUUUAGAGAAACGAUUGGGAUUUAUAACACCAUUAUUAUGGUCAAACGUAAUCCUUAUAUCAUUAUUCCACAUUAUUGUACCAAUUUGUUAUAUACACCAAAUAUUUAGCGGACAACACUGUUCUACGAAAACAACAAUUGUUCAGUGCAUAUUUGGACAGAUGGCAGCAUUUGGUAUAACUGCGGGUGCGCAUAGAUUGUGGUCCCAUCGUUCUUAUAAAGCAAGGAUGCCUUUAAAACUCCUUUUGUUAAUGUUCUACGCUAUCGCUGGUCAGAACAAUCUGUAUAACUGGGUCCGCGAUCAUCGCGUCCACCACAAAAGGUCUGAAACACCAGCAGAUCCCCACGAUGCUAAGCGAGGGUUCUUCUUCUCACAUGUUGGAUGGCUGAUGAUGAGGAAACACCCUUACGUCAUUAGGGAAGGCUCCAAGAUUGACAUGAGCGAUAUAACCAGUGAUCCCGUACUGGUUUUCUUUAAUCGAUACUUUAACAUGCUGAAAUUCCUUUUCUGCUUCUUCAUACCAAUUGUAACACCAAUUUGGUGGUUUGGUGAGCCAGCUUAUCAGGCAAUUGUGGCUGCAAUGGUUCGAUACUUCAUUACACUAAAUGCCACUUGGUCGGUGAACAGUUUCGCACAUCUUCAUGGGUUGAGGCCCUAUGACAAAUCUAUUCUACCAUCAGAGAACCUUGGAGUUUCGAUCUUCGCAAUGGGUGAGGGCUGGCAUAACUUCCACCACACGUUCCCCUGGGAUUACAAAGCAGCUGAAUUACCGUACUUUGUGAAUCCCACCACAGUAUUUUUAGACCUCGCUGCUUAUGGUGGAUUAGCGUACGAUUUGAAAACUGCGUCACCGGAACUUAUAAAGGCGGUUGCGGAUAAGAAAGGGGAAUAGAUGAAUUAAUUUUAAGGGAAUUAGUGAGAUUUUUAUUAAAAUAAUUUUAUUGUCCAAGUAUUAAACGUUUCGAUAAAUUAUAAA